GGAAGCUGGGGUUGCAUCUCUUGAAACUGGAGUUACAGACCUGGGAACUGAACCCAGGUCCUCUGUAAGAGUAACAAAGUGCCCUUAACCAGUGAGCCACCCUUCUAGUCCUAAAUGUAAGUCCUAAGAAAAAUUUUUUUAAACAAUUGGGAAAUACUGGGUGAACGGGAAGAAAACACGCACAGCAUUGUACCACAGCUUGGUGCUCAGGGCAGUUAUAUGCAGGGUCCAGCAGGCUCUCAUUUAAUUUGCCAUUUUCUGUUGAAUUGCCUAGUUGCCUUGAGUUCACUUUGUACAUUACUUUCAAUUCUCUAUUUUAAGAGUAUUGUCAAACCCAGCAACCUAUAAUUCAGAAGAAAAGAAACUUACAUUUUCAGGCAGUGGUAAUAGAAUUAAAUCAUAAUUUUGUUUGAUCAAUCAAAUAGCCAAUUUAGUCUACUUUCUAAAAUUGCCUUUGAAUAUCAUGCUAUUGCGUGUUCCUUUUCAUAUCCCAAAGUAUCCUCUAAAAUGAAAGGUGCAUACGUAUGUAAAUGAGAAUUCUGUUUCUUCCUGUUUCUCAAGCUCCACAGCCGACAUCUCUGUUCUCACCUGACGUGAGUAAAAUGCUUCCUGCAGUUCCAGGCACAGCUGCUCAGCUUUCCUGUUCCAGUUGUAGAAGAGUCUUUCGGGAGGGACAGACAGCUUUUCAGAGGAAAGGGUCUGCUGAGCUUUUCUGCUCGAGACUCUGCAUCGAUGGGUGCCCUUUACCUGCUAUGUCCCCAGCUCCUCUCAAAAGAAUGUGCUUAAACUGCUCAAGAGACAUUUUAAAUCUAAAGGAUAUGAAGAGCGUCCGAUUGGAGGAUAGCAGUUGUAACAAAAACUUUUGUAGCCAGUCUUGUCUUACAUCAUAUGAAGAAAAACGAAAGCCAUGUGUUACCGUAUAUACUGAGAGCACUUUGCCUAAGUGCAGCAUGUGUCAGAGGACAUCCACUAAACCACCCAGAAUACUUAGAUCUUUUCCUUGCAAAUCACUGAAACUAUCAGAUGAGAUGAUUGUGAUUACUAAUGACUUGGGGAACCUAGAGAUUUUCUGCUCUGUUUGUUUUUCUUCAUACAACAGUGCUGUGAUGGAAUCUUCUUCAGUUAAUGUUUCCAUGGUGCACAGUGCUUCAAAAGAGAAUGUCUGUCCUAAGAAAUACCCAGUCAUAAGCAGUAUAAUGUCAUUAGUAAACAAUCGUGCUGACCUGGUCGUGAAUACUGAUCUCUUACAAGGUACACUUUCUUCUGUACCUACAAAUGUCAUUGUGAACAGCUCAGCCAGUGAGUCCAGCAGUGGUGUUGGAAAUAGUGUGGACCAGCCAAGCCUCCCCCCACCUUCCUCUGUGCUUGGUGAGGACAAAGCUGCUCCCAGUGAGGAACUCCAAAACAACAGUGAGACAAACCAGGAUCCUACAUAUAGCAUGACAUCCGUGAAAGGAAAUGAUCAGCCAUGUUUCUCAAAGUCUACAUCCACAGAACAGAAGAUUAAGAGCGAGCCGCAGCCUGCUGGAGAGCUGUGGAGCCCAGGUUCCCAGCAUCUGCGUCCCAGUGCUGCCAAUGAGAUCGCUUUCUGCUAUUCUUGCUACUUGUUCUACCAGAAAAAAAUCAGCUGGCGGAGAGAAGCUUUUGCAACCAAAGGAACUGCUGCUGACUGGGAGAGAAUGCUGGAAAAUUUCAGACGGCAUGAAGAAAGUGAAGUACACUUAAAGUCACUGCAAUUUUGGAGGCAAUGCCAGUUUCUCGAUACCGUUCCACAUAACGAUUCAUCUGUUUAUUCAAAACAGAUUGAAGGAAAUAAAAAGUACCUAAAGCUCGUCAUUGAGAACAUUUUAUUUCUUGGAAAACAGUGCUUGCUCUUAAAAGGAAAUGACCAGUCUAUUUCGUCCAUUAAUAAAGGCAAUUUUUUGGAAUUACUAGAGAUUAGAGCAAGAGAUAAAGGAGAGGUGUCUCGGCUUAUGAGUUCACACAUUGACUUCUAUAGUAGUACUCUUGUCCAGGAGGAGAUUAUUGAAAUAAUAAAGGGUGAAAUGUUGCGAGACAUCGUGAGUGAGAUCAACGCCGCCUCAGCCUUUUCAAUAAUCUGUGAGGAGGUAGCUGGCAGUGGUGCUGAGAGACAGCUUUCUGUGUGUGUGAGGUAUGCACAAAAAUUGCCAAGUGCUGUCUUCGUUAAAGAGCGGUUCCUGGGGUUCGUUACUGCUGAGGAGGUGACUGGGGCCCACGUACACAGGCGUAUCAAAGCUUACCUGCAGCAGGUCGGAGUUGACUUUAAUAAAAUAUGCGGCCAAGCCUAUGAUAGUGCCACAAAUUUUAGGGUAAAACUGAAUGAAGUUGUAACAGAAUUCAAGAAGGAAGAGCCAAGAGUUCUGUAUGUGCAUUGUCAUGCACAUUUUUUUGAGUUAGCUGUGCUUAGCUUUUGUAAGGAGGUGAAGGAGCUCCGCAGUGCACUAAACACGCUCGGCUCUUUGUUCAACACUGUCCAGCUGUCUGGAGAAAUGUUGGCAAGUUUGCAGACCGUGUGUAAGCUAAGUCUGAAUAAGACUUGUAAAAAGCACGCAUCGCAGUCCUGUUGGCCGGCCCACGACCACUUGUUACUGGCUGUGACAGACCGCCUUCCAGAGAUCGUGGGAAUGCUGGAGUCCGUGUCACGCCAUUCCUCAGGCACAGGCGUGGCUGCGGAGCUGGAAGAUUUGUUGGCGAUGGUUACCAAGUUUGAGUUUAUAUUUUGUUUGAAAUUUCUUUAUCGAAUACUCAGUAUUACAGGGAUUCUUUCUAGAGAGUUUCAAAGUGAAACUGUAGACAUCUUUUCUUUGUUUUCAAAAAUAGAAGCGAUUUUGGAGUGUUUAUCUUCUGAAAGGAAUGAUACAUAUUUUAAAACUAUCUGGGAUGGAGCAGAUGAAAUAUGUAAAAAGAUAACCAGCAAGGGUUUUGAUAUUGAGAAACCCUCUUUUCAAAAAAGAAGAAAAAUUCAAAGAACAGUAGAUCCCUGCAACUCAGAGCAUAUGAUUUUUCCUACUUCAGCAGAUGAACAAUAUAAAAUUAAUAUUUACUACCAAGGUUUGGAUACUGUAUUAAAAAGCUUAAAGUUAUAUUUUUCAGAGUUUGACUAUUGCAAAAUGAAACAAAUUUCCGAACUGUUACUCAAGUGGAAUGAACCAUUAAACGAAGCCACAGCCAAGCACAUCCAGGAAUUCUAUAAACUUGAUGCAGACAUCAUCCCUGAGCUAAGAUUUUACCGGCAGUAUGCAAGUCUCAACUUCGUCACACGGAAUGGUUCCUUAAGCUUCAUUGACCUGGGCUGUCUGUUUAUUCAGCACGGUCUCCACAAUAAUAUUCCUUGUAUCACAAAACUGUUGCAUAUUGCUUUAUCUUGGCCAAUUACUUCAGCAAAUAAUGAGAAGUCAUUUUCCACGCUGCCUCAUCUUAAAGCAUAUUUACUUCGUACCGUGGGGCAAGAGAAGCUCAGUAGCCUUGCUCUGAUAGCUGUUGAGCAGGAACUGGUAAAUAAAUUGAUGGAGACUGAAAGACUCACGGGAAUUGUCGAAAAGUUCAUUAGUCAAAUGAAAGAUAAGUAAGACAAACUUGCAACUCUGAGCUCAAUUAAAAGAAUUCUGUGGUUUUAUUAGAAUCCUAA